AGCCAGACGUUACGUGUGGUAUCCGUCAAGCUUACAGUUCUGCGAAAUUACGAAGAGACCAAAGUGGAAACCAGGUGAGCCGACAUCGUUGUCGGCGUGGAGCAGUAAAGUUUGGCGGAAGUGGCGUCGUUUUAAUAAAAGAAGAAUAAUGCCUGUUAUUAAAAGGAAUGCAAAUGAUGCCGGGGAUGAUAUGUACGAUAUCCCUGAAGAGGCGAAAUCGUACAUAGAAAAAAUCCUAGGAGAUGUAGGUAAAACAUCUGCCAUGAAACAAAUAGCUAUUGGCACAUCGUCAGGAUGGAUGACAGGCUAUAUAAUGAUGAAAGUUGGCAAACUGGCAGCAUUCGCAUUGGGAGGUGGAAUCAUUAUUCUUCAAAUUGCAGCGCAUCAAGGGUAUAUCAAGAUCAAUUGGGAUAAGAUUAGAAGAAAAGCUGAAAAGAUCUCUGACAAAGUUGAAGAAAAAGUUACUGGCGAGGGACCCAAAUUUCUGGACAAGGUCGAAAGAUACGUGGACAACAAAUGCAACAAAGCUGAGAAAUUGCUAAAGGAAGGCGAGUCUAGUACUCGACGCUGGUACAAUUCAGUGGUAGGACGUCCUGAAUGUACCGUUAAGGAAUUUCAUGUAUUUCUGGGUUCAUUCUUAGCAGGCUUUGCCAUUGGUGUCGCCAUCACCAAGUAAUUUUUCCAUGACUGGUCAAUUUAACUUAACGAGAAACGUGAGAAAAUGACGAAACAAGCGAAAUAUACGGUCGCUAGAGUAUUAAUUAACAUUAAUUUUUUUCUUAACUAUUUAAUAUAUCUAUCUAUCUGCGAUAAUAGAGUCCAAAGUAAUCUCAAUAAUUGAGAAAAGCGAUUAUGAUGUCUUAUAUGAAAAUGUGUACUCGCACAGUGCAGGACGUCUGCAUGAUAUGUUGAUUUGAUCCCGAAUCUCCUAAGCUGUUGGAGUAUUGCUCCUGUUAUCUCUAGGAUAUUGUAUACAAAUAUUUCUAAAUACAUCGAUAAGAUCGAAAUAAACCUCAUUAUACCUACGAUUAAA